GAGUCGCGUGGGCAAACAUGUCAGUCACUGGGACGGGGGGCGUCUGGACGCGCAGCCCCUGCGCCUUUGCGCGAGUGUGGCGCCGUGCCGCCCGAGGCUGCUGCUCGGAGCCGCUUGUCUGAUGCUCCACGCCAGGGCUGCGCUCCGAGCAGGUCAGCGCUGAUUGCAGAGGAAGUCCCGGCCCAUGGGGCGCUGAGGGAUGAGCCGGCCGGCCGCUUCAGCACAGUUGUUUCCUGACCCGGGAUGUCUCGGGUCAGUCCAGCCUACAGACGCGCACUCGGGCCAGCUAGCUUUUAUCUUAAAGCGCCUGUGUGACGAGCGGACAGGACGGACGAGCUCUCCGGUUGACACCCCCCACCAGGGAAUUUCACUACAAGAUGGACUCGCACUGGACGUUGGCCCUCAUCCUUCUUGCUGCGUUUUUUUCGCUAGUGGCCACAGAAGCCAAUGACACAGAACUGUCCACUCACAAUGUGUACAGCUCACUGACUGUGACCCGGAAUCGGAUUGUGACUGCUCAGUUUGAAUGUUACCAGAAGAUUAUGAAGGAUGUUGAACCCAUGAGAAAGGGUCCCAUUUGUAACAGGACGUGGGAUGGCUGGCUAUGUUGGGAUGACACUCCGGCCGGCAUGGUCUCUGUGCAGCGCUGUCCAGACUACUUUCAAGACUUCGAUCCAUAUGAAAAAGUGACCAAGAUCUGUGAUGAAAGUGGCAAGUGGUUUUCUCAUCCAGAAAGCAACCGGACGUGGACCAAUUACACGAGGUGCACGGCGCACGCCAAUCAGAAGGUUAAGACGGCACUCAACCUCUACUACCUUACCCUCAUCGGUCACGGCCUAUCGGUGGCCUCCCUGCUCAUCUCGCUGGGGAUUUUCUUCCACUUCAAGAGUCUCAGCUGUCAGCGGAUCACCCUGCACAAGAACCUCUUCUUCUCCUUCGUGCUGAACUCCAUCAUCACCAUCAUCUGGCUGUCUGCGGUGGCCAACAACCAGCACCUUGUGGCCGAGAAUCCUGUCAGCUGUAAAAUGUCCCAGUUCAUCCACCUCUACUUGAUGGGCUGCAACUACUUCUGGAUGCUCUGUGAGGGCAUCUACCUGCACACCCUUAUUGUUGUGGCCGUGUUUGCGGAGAAGCAGCAUCUCAUGUGGUACUACCUGCUGGGAUGGGGAUUCCCACUGAUCCCUGCAUCAAUGCACGCCAUCGCCCGGAGCCUCUAUUACAAUGACAACUGCUGGAUCAGCUCAGACACACACCUGCUCUACAUUAUCCAUGGACCCAUCUGUGCUGCUCUGCUGGUCAAUCUCUUCUUCCUACUCAACAUCAUUCGUGUUCUCAUCACCAAGCUGAAGGUCACCCACCAGGCCGAGUCCAGCCUGUACAUGAAGGCGGUGCGGGCGACGCUCAUCCUCGUACCCCUGCUGGGCAUUCAGUUUGUCCUGGUGCCAUGGAAGCCGGAGGGCCGGCUGGCAGAGGAGCUGUACGACUACAUCAUGCACAUCCUCAUGCAUUACCAGGGUUUGCUUGUGGCCACCAUCUUCUGCUUCUUCAAUGGAGAGGUGCAGGCCGUUUUGAGGAGGCACUGGAACCAGUACCACAUCCAGUUUGGGAACAGCUUCACCCAGACGGACAUCCAGCGCUCCACCUCCUGCACGGCCUCGUCCAUCACCGAGGUGCCAGGCUCCAUCUACAACAGCGAGAGCAACAUGGAGCACCUGAACGGCAAGGGCUGCCACGACAUCGAGACGGUGGCCCUGAAGGGUGACGCUGCGCUGGCUUGAGGGGACAGCAUUGCCGCCGCUGGACUGGCCCUGACCGACUGCAGACCCCGCCCCCAGGACAUGAAGCCCCGCCCCUAAGUCCAGGCCGUCUGCUCCACUCUUAAUACCUGAAGGGUGUGAUGCACGCCCGACCGAGCAGGGGGUCCUGCCCAAGGCCUGUGUAGUGGAGAUUGUCCAGGACCCCCGUGCCACCCACCUGGCAUCAUCAAAAAGCCAAACUGCUCUCCGUGGCCUUCUGCUGGUUUGCACAUGCCCGCCUCUGAUUUUUUUAGGGACGUGCCCGUUGUGUUUCUCGUACUUCUUUUGAUCUUCCACAGCCUGCCCUACCAUCCCAGUACACAGAAAUGCCAUCUGCCCGCCUGUAUGCCUGCUUCCUUUACUUGAGGUCUGGGCACUCUGUGCCCAUUUAGGGCCACCAUGUUCUCUGAGAGUUGUCACGAAGUGCAUAGUGAGGUGGCCACACCAGGGACACCAGUGCCUCUUCCCACAGUGUGCCAUGUUUAUUGAUGUGGCACGUUUAAAGUUGCCCAAAGCGCUUGCGGCCAGGAUAAGCGAGAAAGUAUAAAGCAAAAAGUACAAAUAAAUAAAAUGAAAUGCCA